UUUCUAAUGCAUCUGCCAGGAUUAAUGUCGCUUAAUGUACUUUAUUUCGACCUGAUGUGAUCUGCGGUAACGUUAGGUUGUGACGUACUAUGUGUUUGUGCUGGUGAUAUCAUUACUUUCGGGUGAAGCAGUCAGUGUGUCAGCUGGCGCCCGUCAGUCACCCAUCAUGUCAGAUAUGAACGACAACUCUCUAAAUAUCAACUUAUUAAAGGAAUCGGUGUUAAAGAGGCUCUGCGAGACCCUCGACAAGGCCAACAACAAAGGAUGGAGAAAACUGGGGGAGAUCGUGAAAAAUGACAAGCGAUUUAAAAUGAGUGUGGAUGAUAUGGACAUGUGCUCUCUGAAGGUUUUGGAGGUGGAUGGCAGUCCGUCCCGUGUGAUGCUCAAGCACAUGGGAGAUCAAGGCUGUGUGUUGGGUGAUCUCAUGGGGUUUCUACAGAUUAUGGGUCAUACGGACGCCCUUCAGUGUCUCAAACCUUCAGGUAUUCAAAUCCUUGUCCACCCGCAGUCGGUGGCGGUCAUUGCCGGACACAACCUCCGUCUCAGCUGUUACGCUGUCGGCUCUUCACACGUGCAAUUCCAAUGGUUUAGAAAAACAGAGGAGGUACCUCAUAGCUCCUCCCCUGAUCUGGUGUUCAGUCCGGUUCAGCUCAAAGACGCGGGGUUUUACAUCUGUAGAGUCAACUGUGGAAACUCAUGUGAGUUCAGUCACUGGGCCCAAGUAGACGUCCUUGAUGUUCCACCAAGAUAUGGUUUAGUAUCUCUGCCAUCGGAGGGCAGGCCAAGGGUUCUCAUUCAGCCUCAACCUCAAAGGCUUCUGGUGGGAGAUUCGCUCUUUCUGGAGUGUGGCGCUAUUGGCAGACCCCUACCACAAUAUCAAUGGUACAGAAAUGGAGCGCCAAUCAAAAAAGCCACCAAGAGGAAAUACAACGUUCAGUAUUUGACGGCAGAGCACCAGGGGAGAUAUCGCUGUGAGAUCUGUUGCAGCAGUGAACGUACAUGGAGCAAUGAAGUUGACGUUAUUAUCGAAAGUCCUUGCCAUUCUGAAAUGAAACAGCCACAGAUAGCGAUUCAUAUCUCAGAAGCGACGGAAUGCUCUGAAGACGAUUUUUUGACCAACGACCAGUAUUACAGUCUUGAAAAACCUUACGCUACGGACAAAGUGGCUCUUCUGAUGGGUAACCUCACAUAUCGAAACCAUCCACAGCUGAAGGCUCCGAUGGUGGACGUGUAUGACCUCACCAAUCUGCUGCGUCAGCUGAACUUUAAAGUGGUGUCGCUGCUGGAUCUGACGGAGUCUGAGAUGAGGAACGCUGUGGAGGAGUUCCUGUCUCUGCUUCAUAAAGGAGUCUAUGGUCUGUUGUAUUACGCCGGACACGGUUACGAAAACUUCGGGCACAGUUUCAUGGUGCCUGUGGACGCCCCGAAUCCGUACCAUUCUGCCAACUGCCUCUGUGUCCAGAGCAUCCUGAAACUGAUGCAGGAGAAAGAAACCGGACUCAACGUUUUCCUCCUGGAUAUGUGCAGGAAAAGAAAUUUUCACGAUGACGUCAUGCCAAACGUCAUGCUCAAGGUCACUGCCAAUAUUGUGUUUGGAUAUGCAACGUGCCAAGACGCUGAAGCUUUUGAAUUGAGUUCCAGUGGAUUCACCAAUGGAGUGUUUAUCAAAUUCCUGAAGGGACGCCUCCUAGAGGACCAAAAGAUAACUGUUCUUCUGGACAGAGUGGCUGAAGAUAUGGGUCAGUUUGACCCCACAAAGGGUAAACAGGCUCUGGAGAUCCGCAGCAGUCUGUCAGAGAGACGCUCCCUCGCCGAUUCUAUCUGUCCUGGAGAAUAUUCCCACCCGGGUCAGGCACACGAUCUGCACUGGAUUAAAGCACACGAACUUCCAGAGAGUAAAGUUUUGGAUUAUGAUUGUGGCGUUCAGAUUAAAAUGGAUUUUGCUGCCGAGUUCUCCAACGUGCUGGUCAUCUACACCAGCAUUGUGAACAAGCCCGAGGAGAUGCUGUCGUGUCAGGCGCACAUAACUAACCUCCCGCUGGAGCUGGAUGUAGAUCCCAAGCUGAUGAAUAAGGAGACUGUUGAGGCGACGGGAAGCUUUUUAUUAUCAGGCAGUCUUCCACAGCACUGUCUCUACACCCGACUCGGCUCAAUACAGAAGCUCAGGGACGACCUCGCAUUCACGGUUUGUCUCCAAGUCCAGUUUAAAUCCCUGGAAGACGUGGUCCAGUGGAACAUGGACGUUAACAUCGGCAAGCCCCUCACUGCCAAACUGGAUCUGAAUCGACCCGCUCGGAAGAACAGCUGCCAGCAGACGUGUCUGAUGCCCCACAGCCCCUCGACCAGCCCGAGCCACAGCCCCGCGUCUGACCGCCGCUUCCACAGCCCGAGCCUCUGUUCCCCUCAGCAUCGCGCCAACCCAUAUCUCAACGUCUGCGAGCCUCUGUUCGGGGCUGCGGGGGGUCACGGGUACCACUUGGGCGUUCCAACGCAUGGGGAUCAUACAUAUAUGUGCGAGAAUGUGCCAAGUUCACCUUUGACCCCGCAGAGUAUUCCUAUCGAGACCACUGACGACAUGGAGGACAUGCAGAAUGACUUCAUGAGUAGUUUGCAGUUCUACAAUCGUCCCUGUUGAUGUAGGCGAGGCUGAAGAUCGACAGUUUUAAAGUGUUUCCAUUCUUGGCAUCAAAGCAAAACUGAUGCUUUAAAUAACAUGGACCACCUAUUUUUGUUAGUUUGUUGUUGUUGUUGUUGUGAAAUUCUUUAAUGUAUCACCUCAUCGUAUACUGACAAACACAUUCUUAUAACAGACAUCAAAUUUGAGGACAGACAUUUAUAAAAAUAAAUAACCUUUAUUUUUCAAAUAAAUAAUCCAUAAAAC